CUGCCACGGGGGCGGGGCAGGCCGGCCGGGCGGAGCCGCGGCAGCCACGGCAGGGCCUGGCCCAAGACACGCCCGUCAACCUCCGAGCCCUGCGAUUCCGCCCUGCCCGCGACUCCCCCGGAAGCGCGUCCUCGUCGCUGACACGUGCGCACUGGGGCGCCCGCCUAGCUUUCCUGCCCCACCGGGCUGCUGGCGGCCGGGCUGCUGGCGGCCGGUCUGCGGCGGGCAGCCCCAUCUUCUCGAGUGCCAGCGAGCCUGGGGCGGGCCGCCGGCGGCUCCCGGGCGCAGCACCUCUCCAGGCCGGCUUUCCGCCUUCGCGCAGCUGCCAUCACGCCUCACGGGCUGGGCUCUACUGCGCAGGCGCGCUGGGAGGGCGGGGCGCCGCGCUCAGGACGGCUCGCGCCGCCGCCCGCUCGCCCGCCUGCGGCAGCUGCGCUCCUCCCGGCGGCGCCCCGCGUCCGUCAAGCUGCGGAGAGGACGCCGACGGAGCCCCACCGCUUGCCCGUCCCUCGCCCUCGUCCCUCGCCUCAGGGAACAUGGAUAAUCUCAGUGAUACCCUAAAGAAAUUGAAAAUAACAGCUGUUGACAAGACUGAGGAUAGUUUGGAAGGAUGUCUGGAUUGUCUGCUUCAAGCUCUGACUCAAAAUAAUAUAGAAACAAGUGAAAAAAUACAAGCAAGUGGAAUACUUCAGCUGUUUGCAAGUCUUUUGACUCCACAGUCUUCCUGCACAGCCAAAGUAGCUAACAUCAUAGCAGAAGUAGCCAAAAAUGAGUUUAUGCGAACUCCAUGUGUGGAUGCUGGUUUGAUUUCACCACUGGUACAGCUGCUAAACAGUAAAGACCAGGAAGUGCUGCUUCAAACAGGCAGGGCUCUGGGAAACGUAUGUUACGAUAGCCAUGAGGGCAGGAGUGCAGUUGACCAAGCAGGUGGUGCACAGAUUGUAAUUGACCGUUUAAGGUCACUGUGCAGUAGAACAGAUCCCGCCAAUGAGAAGCUCUUGACUGUCUUUUGUGGCAUGCUGAUGAACUAUAGCAAUGAGAAUGAUUCCCUUCAAUCUCAGCUUAUCAACAUGGGUGUCAUUCCUACCUUAGUGACAUUACUGGGUGUCCACUGCCACAAUGCUGCUCUCACAGAAAUGUGUCUGGUUGCAUUUGGUAAUUUAGCAGAACUUGAGUCAAGUAAAGAACAGUUUGCCAGUACAAACAUUGCUGAAGAGCUGGUCAAACUCUUCAAGAAACAGGUAGAGCAUGAUAAGAGAGAAAUGAUUUUUGAGGUUCUUGCCCCACUGGCAGAAAAUGAUGCUAUUAAACUACAACUGGUUGAAGCAGGCCUGGUAGAGUGUCUACUAGAGAUUGUUCAGGAGAAAGUAGAUAGUGACAAAGAAGAUGACGUUGCUGAACUUAAAACUGCUUCGGAUCUAAUGGUUUUGUUACUUCUUGGAGAUGAAUCCAUGCAGAAACUCUUUGAAGGAGGGAAAGGCAACGUGUUCCAAAGAGUCCUUUCUUGGAUUCCAUCAAAUAACCACCAGCUACAGCUUGCUGGAGCAUUGGCAAUUGCAAAUUUUGCCAGAAAUGAUGGAAAUUGCAUUCAUAUGGUAGACAGUGGAAUUGUAGAAAACCUCAUGGCUUUGCUGGACAGACACGUGGAAGAUGGAAAUGUAACUGUGCAGCAUGCAGCCCUGAGUGCCCUCAGAAAUCUAGCUAUUCCAGUUGUAAAUAAAGCAAAAAUGUUGUCAGCUGGGGUCACAGAGACAGUUUUGAAGUUCCUUAAAUCUGAAAUGCCUCCUGUUCAGUUCAAACUUCUGGGGACACUAAGAAUGUUAAUAGAUGCCCAAGCAGAAGCUGCUGAACAGCUGGGGAAGAAUGUUAAGUUAGUGGAACGCUUAGUGGAGUGGUGUGAAGCCAAAGAUCAUGCCGGCGUGAUGGGAGAGUCAAACAGACUGCUCUCUGCCCUCAUCCGACACAGCAAAUCAAAAGAUGUAAUUAAAGCCAUUGUACAAAGUGGUGGCAUCAAGCAUCUAGUUACCAUGGCAACUAGUGAACAUGUAAUAAUGCAGAAUGAAGCCCUUGUUGCUUUGGCACUAAUAGCAGCUUUAGAAUUGGGCACAGCAGAAAAAGAUCUAGAAAGUGCUAAGCUUGUACAGAUUUUACACAGACUACUAGCAGAUGAGAGAAGUGCUCCUGAAAUCAAAUACAAUUCCAUGGUCCUGACCUGUGCUCUUAUCGGAUCUGAAUCUCUAUACAAAGAAGUGCAGGAUUUGGCUUUUCUAGAUGUCGUAUCCAAACUUCGCAGUCAUGAAAACAAAAGCGUUGCCCAGCAGGCCUCUCUCACAGAGCAGAGACUGGCCGUGGAGAGCUGAGAGCUGCCCUCCCCGGCACAGGGCACCUCCCUGCUGCAGUGCUGCAGCCUCCAUCCACCACCUCCGCACCUCACUCAUGCAUGCGUGUAGUGUUCCAAUACCAAUUGAAGACUGCUGUAGGUACCUGCCUAAUCAGAUUUCUAAGCUCCCAGUUAGUGUGACCAUGACCGUCCAGCAAGUCUCUGCCCAUAACUCUUAUAUCCCUGUUGCUUGAGCUCCAUUAAAUAGAAUGUGCAUGUUGUAGCCCUAUGAUGAUGUACACUUGAUACUACAUAAUGACUUGCUCUUCACAUGUGGUAAACUAUGUAAUAAUGCCCUGGUGAAUUAGAAACAGGAUGUAGUCGGAUCUGUCUAGCUUACUUAAAGAUGGAGUCGAAUAGUAAAAAUAGCUCUAUUUUUGGUGCUUGGGAAGCACAGUGACCAAAAAACCCGUGGCUAUUCAUUGGUUAGUCCUGCCUACUAACAUCCAGCCCGUGGUAUCCAGCAUUAAAUAAAAUUCUAGCUCCCACUAUUCACCCUGCAGUUCCUCCUAAGUAUGUAAACUGUCAAAACUGCCACCAAGUUUCUGAUUUCAUAUUUAAUUGACAGCACAGUGCUGAAAACGAGUGCAGUUUUCAGUGUGAGUAGAGGUAGUAAAAGAUAUUAAAAGAAUCCCUAUAACACUGUAGCAUUUGGAGUUUGCCCAUAUUGUAUGUGUGAUUUCACCUCAGAAUGUCAUCUGUUGAUCAGCAUUGUCCAGCAUCUGUUUUUAAAUAGUCAUUUGGUAUUUGUUUUCAGCUGAGUAUGGCCUAUUGGAAAAUGAAUUUUUUUGUUUUUAUCAUUCAUGUUGAAAGCAAAAAAUGUCAUCUUUCAUAGUCUUUUUAAAUCUUACAUUAGUAGGACAUAGGAGGAAAGAGGAAGAAUCAGGUUGCAAGUGCUGAAGAGAGGGCGGCAGGUUGCAAAGACGUAAGAGCCCGGUGCAGGGCUCUCUGCAGACAGCCUCACACUGGUCACUGCUGGAGUUUACCAUGCACUCCCCCUCCCCCCAGCUGCACGAAUCCUACAGGCGAGAAGCAAGCCGAGACUCCAGAAGAGCCCCUGGGCAAACGACAGUGUCCGCUUCACUGCCACUACCACCACCAAAUGGGUUUUUAGAGUUGUGACACACCGUCUCUAAAUCAGUAAAACAUCCCUCAGGCCUACUGUGUUCACCGAUACCCACAUUUGACCACUACUGGCCUAGCGGGGAGGGUAGAGUGGGCUGCCAAGGAGGUGCCCGACCCCCUUCUCAGCAUGGGACCCCACACGUCACAAGGUGAUCUCAGUUGGAGGUGUGACUCUAAAACAGCUAUCACUGAAGACAGUUAAAACUCAGUCUUCUGUUUCCUUUGAUGCUUAAAGAAGGGACUAUGAUGCGUGCUUAUGUUGUACUUCCUGUGAGAAUGAUUUUGUUCAUUGUCUUUCUCCUGGGCUGGAUAAUGGACUAUAUUUUGUUAGGUUUUGAAAGCCAUCUGUAACGUUACAUAAUAGACUGUCCAUAUUAAUAACUUAAUAAAUAGUAUAUCAAACUAUAA